AUGUCUACCACACAAACAAUUGCUUCAAUUGAUCGCACAAAGACGGAGUCUAUGAAGCCUCCUCUUCCAAAGACAAAAAUGCCUCCUCUCUUUGACCAACCUGUUACCUCAAAGAAUUGGACCAAAUUCGUCAACUGGCCUCAAUCUAUCUUGCUUGUUGCUACUCCCUUAAUUGCUCUCUAUGGUAUUUACACAACUACAUUGACAAAGAACACUUUGAUUUGGGCUAUUGUCUACUACUUUAUUACUGGUCUCGGUAUUACUGCUGGUUAUCAUCGCAUGUGGGCCCAUCGUGCCUAUCGUGGUACCGAUCUUUUACGUUGGCUCUUUUCUUUCGCUGGUGCUGGUGCUGUCGAAGGUUCUGCUUAUUGGUGGUCAAGAGGUCACCGUGCUCAUCACAGAUGGACUGAUACCGAUAAAGACCCUUACAGUGCUCACCGUGGUUUCUUCUUCUCUCACUUUGGCUGGAUGUUGGUUCAACGUCCCAAGAACCGUAUUGGUUAUGCUGAUGUUGCUGAUCUUAAGGCUGAUCCUAUCGUUGCUUUCCAACAUAAGUACUAUCCUUACUUUGCUCUCGGUAUGGGUUUCAUUUUCCCUACUUUAGUUGCUGGUCUUGGCUGGGGCGAUUUCAGAGGUGGCUUCUACUAUUCUGCUGUCCUCCGUCUCGUCUUUGUUCACCAUGCCACUUUCUGUGUCAACAGUUUGGCUCACUACUUGGGUGAAACCACUUUUGAUGAUCACAACACUCCUCGUGAUAGUUGGGUUACUGCUAUUGUUACUUUGGGUGAAGGUUAUCACAAUUUCCACCAUCAAUUCCCUCAAGAUUACCGUAACGCUAUCAAGUACAACCAAUAUGAUCCUACCAAGUGGUUGAUUAUUGUUCUUUCCUGGUUCGGUCUUGCCUAUGAAUUGAAGCAAUUCCCCUCUAAUGAAGUGACAAAGGGUAUCAUUUUCAUGCAAGAAAAGAAGAUUCAAGCUGAAAAGGCUAAAUUGAGCUACGGUACUCCUUUGAAAGAUUUGCCUAUCUAUACUUGGGACGAAUUCCAAUCUCUUGUUUUGAACCAAAACAAAAAGUGGGUUUUGAUAGAAGGUGUCCUUUACGAUGUUGGAGAAUUCAUGAAAGAACACCCUGGUGGUAUGAAGUAUCUUUCUACAGCUGUCGGUAAAGACAUGACUACUUCUUUCAAUGGUGGUGUCUACAACCAUUCUAAUGGUGCUCGUAACUUACUCACAUCACUUCGUGUUGGUGUUCUCUUAAACGGUAUGCAAGUAAUGACCGAAGCAGAUGCUGCUGCUCCUACUCAAGCCUCUGCUUAUGAUGAUUCACUUGAAUAUGAUACCAAAUCCGCUCAAUUCUACAAGAACAAGUAG